GCUAUGGCGGGGUUUGUGUAUUCUCCGUACAACGCGUAUCAGGGUUAUGGCGGGAAUUUUGGGCAGAACCCGCACAGGCCCCAGGCCUUCCCCAAGAACAAGCAGGCGGCAUGGAAGUCCAACAAGUCUUCUGAGCCCCCCGAUUAUCUGGAUCACUUCCAGCGGGCUCAGCUCAAGGCCAUCCUCUCCCAAGUCAACCCCAACCUCACCCCGCGCCUGCGCAAGGUCAAUACCAAGGAGAUGGGGGUGCAGGUGAACCCGCGGGUGGAUACUGGGGUGCAAUGCUCCUUAGGCCCCAGAACUCUGCGCCGCCCGCCGCCUCCCCCUUCUAGUCCCGUCAAACCUACAGACUGUGCGCGCUUCUCCCGCCCGGUGGCCGUGUAUUCCCCAGUGGUGGACAGAAGACUCUUCUCCCUCCCCCAAGGCGGCCGCCUACCCAAGAAAAGCCUCCCGGCUCCUGACAGCCAAUCACAGCCGCUGAAGGACAGAGGGCCCUCCCCCGAGGAGAAGGAGCCGGAGACUAAAGAGGCGCUGGAGAAAAGCCCAGUCCCUGGUGCUGAGGAGCCCAAUGAAGAGGAGCCCAAUAAACCUGCCUUCCAGUUCCUCGAGCAGAAAUAUGGCUACUUCCACUGCAAGGACUGCAAGACCCGAUGGGAGAGCGCCUACGUCUGGUGCAUUUCUGGGAGUAACAAGGUUUAUUUUAAGCAACUUUGUCGCAAAUGCCAGAAAGGAUUCAACCCUUAUCGAGUGGAAGUCAUUCAAUGCCAGGUUUGUGCCAAAACCCGUUGCUCUUGUCCCCAAAAGAAAAGGCAUAUAGACCUGAAGAGGCCUCACCGGCAAGAACUGUGCGGCCGCUGCAAAAACAAGAAGCUCUCGUGUGACAACACUUACAGCUACAAAUACAUCGUCUGAUGUGGAGCAGGGAGGGAAUAGAAAGCACAUUUAUUUGUGCAGAUGCAGCGCACUUUUCUACAUUUAACUUAAAACUGGCUUUGAUUCACGGCUUUUGACCCGGCAUUGGAGAAUGGAUAAAGGACUUUUGUAUCUGGAUUUUGUAAAAUGGUAUAACUUGUAUACUUUGUAAAUAAAUAAAGCUAUUUG